GCGAGGGCCAUAUAUAAAGGGAUGCUCAGCACAACAGAAGGGAGUCUCUCCCUGAAGAAGCACCAUAGAUAGAGCAGUGCUGGACAGGAGCAGCAGAGUGUGAGGGCCAGAGACAAUACGGCCUUUGGAUGACCCGAUGGAUGCUGCUAGGGGAAAAAAUCUUCUGUCCACUAUGCACGUGCACAUGCACACACCUGAUUGGAAUGAACGUGAACAACGCAGCUCGAAAAACAACAGGUACAAGAAAGGCAGAAUAUUGACUAAGGGGUGGCAUAUGUACUACUACUACUGUCUGAAUUCUCAAUUCAUUUCUGGUGAGGCAUUGAUUACCCCUCUGUGUGGGGACCCAAGCAUGGAGCCGAGCAUAAAGCCAAGCACGGAAGCAAGCAUGGAGACUACUGGAGAGCCCAGCGGGGAAGGAAGUGGAGACCCCAGUGGGGAACCAAGUUCAGAGCCCAACAGAGAGCCAAGCACAGAGUCCACCAGAGAGCCGAGUGUGGAACCAACCAAAGAAUCCAGCACAAAACCAACCAAAGAGCCAAGCACAGAACCUCACAAAUAAACUGCAAAAUUAAUCCCGACAGAAGACAUGACCAACCCCUGCUGCUGGCUUUGGCGCCAAUGAAGAAAAAUUUCAGUUGAUGGGAUGACAAAAUAAAACUUGCUAUAGUUUUAGAAGCUACAACUUGUAGAAAAUUAGCAACAAUUGGUUGGGUUUCAAGAAACCACCAAUCUACGCCUACUUACAAUUUAUCUGGGGCAGAUUAGACAGGUCACAGCUGACAUGUACCAGUUAUAAUGUAGCAACUUUCCCCCUUACC